CCCGCGCGGGGCGGGCGGUACGCUGACGUGGACGCGUCCCUCCUCGACAUGCUGGCCAGGCGGGACGCGGAGGAGGCGCGGGUGCGCGCGGCGCUGGCGGCCUCGCUCGAGGAGGAGCAGCUGCGGAAGGCGCUCGCCGCGUCGAUGACCGAGGCCGGCGCGGGCGCCGGCUCCGGCGGGGACGCGGGGCGGCGCGGCGGGGGACGUUCGGAGGGCGGCGGGAGUGCGUCGACAGAGGCGGACGCUGUUGUGGACGUUACUGCGCCGUGGUGGGGCAGGGCGCCGCACGGCGGGGCAGGCGGCGGCGGCGGCAACAGGUAG